AUCCUACUCACUGUCUUCGUGGUCUCCUUCGCCUGGUUAGCUUUCAUCCUAUUUGGCUCCUCUACUGCUGCCACCACCACCGCCACCGCGGCCGCCACCACCACCGCCACCACUGCAACCAACCCCUCGUCCUUCUCCUCCUCCUCCUCUUCCCCAUCCCCCUCCGUCUUCUCCUCGCUGCCCGCGUCUCUGCGCGCCAUGUUCAUCCUGCUCACCACGGCCAACAACCCCAACGUCUGGCUGCCGGAGCUCAACGCCUCGCGCCUCUCCUUCCUCUUUUUCGCCUCCUACCUCGCGCUCGGCCUCUUCUGGAUGAACCUCGUGCUCUCCGUCAUCUACUCCUCCUACAGCUCUCAGAUGGCAGUGUGGGAGCGCAAGCAGGUGACAGCACGGGAGGCGUGCCUGAGGGAGGCGUUUACCCUGCUGGACGACAGGAGGCAGGGGUGGGUGCCAGCGCGCACCAUCACACAGCUGCUACUAGCCAUGGAGCCCUUCAAGUCCCACCCACGCGGGGCGAGCCACAUAUCAGCCCUGUUCCUCCGUCUAGACACGCGGGGCGACCUCCGCAUCUGGGCGGACGAGUUCCAGGGGCUGUGUGAAGCGCUGGGGCAGCAGGCCCGGGAGAUGGCAGGAAGGGGAGUAGAAGAGAGAGGAGGGAAGAGGGUGUCGGCAGUGGCUUCUGCUCCCAAUUUUCGUGCGUUGGCUUGUGGGGGCGAAUGCGGCAGGGGCUCUCAGCGCAACUUCCAGCACCCCGGUUCUUCCUCUUCCGUCACCUCUUCUGCUGCUGCUGCUGCUGCUGCUUCUGCUGCUCCCCACCCAUCGCUCGAUGCUCUGCCUGCGUGUGCCUCACACCACAUUGCUUCUGCGGCUCCUACUUGCCCCUUGCCGCCUCUGUUCCAGGCAUAUGGGUUGCAAGAGGUAGAGAGCGUGGCAGAUGGGUUUGAUGAGUGUCAUAGGCACUAUGAGCAGCAUUGGCUGUGUGGCCGGCAUAAGCCAUGCUGGCACUAUGGCACCCGGAACCAUGGUGACCACCAUGGGCGGUACUAUGAGCAUGAGAAUGCCAAUCCGAGAGGGUAUCAGCAGCUGGUCUCGCCACCGUUCACACCACCAUCACCACAAUCACCAUCACGGACAGUACAAUUGCCACAAGCACAGCAAACCUUCCUACAAUCAGCAUCACUACGAUCACCCUUUCGGUCGCGCUCAUUCUCAUCAGCAGCACAGCCGCUCUCGUCCUCGACGUCCUUGCUGCAGGCGCUCCUGCCGUCCCAUCCCCGCCCCAUGCCGCUCGCACUCAUUCCAUCACCACCGUCCCCAUCGUCACCAUCACAGGCCUUGUCAUCAACACCACCAUCACCAGCACCGCCAUCACCAGCACCGCCAUCACCACCAGCAGCAGCAGCAGCAGCAGCAGCAGCAGCAGCAGUGGCAUCCAGAGCAUCGCAUGGUGCUGUGUUCCACCAAGGUUUGCUGCAGCAGCAGAGGUGGUCAUCAAGAGCUGAGAAGCUGGGUCUCGUCGUCACACUGCUGCUCGUGGCUGAAGCAAACAUGUGUCUCACAGGCAUCAACCCAGCGCUCCUUGUUCCCGUGCAAGUCUUGGCAGCUGUUGCAUGGAUCAUCCCAUCAGCAGCUGAGUGGAAGCAUGGAUGGGAUGGAUGGGAAGGAUGGCACCCUCUUCGGUUGCUGCUGUUGGCACCACCCCCAGCUGAAACUUCUCUCCCCUGGCCGCGUGUGACUCCUUGUGAGUCGACUCAGAAGGCACCGCCACCUGGCUUCCCUGGCUGCGUGCCACUCAAACACCUGGACCAAGCAGGGUUCCGCACCCCCCUGACGCUCUACCCUGGUUGCAAGCCGCUCUGCUCGUCCGCUGCCUCCCCCUCCUUCCAUUCUCCCACUACCUCCCUCGCCUCCACCUCCUCCUCUCCUCCCUCUCCGCCCUCCUCCCCUCCAUCCUCCCCAUCCUCGCCCUCCUUUUCACAACCCUCUCCCUCUUCUCUCUCGCCGGUACCCACCUCUUCGGGGGCCUCCUAUCCUCGCACCACCCGCAGUUACAACGCACAGAGUACCUCAAUUCCGGCUUCCUGCCACUCAAUUUCAACGACUUUCCCUGCGUCUAUGGCUGUGUCUUUCAACCUGUGCAUAGUGAACAACUGGUAUGUCAUCAUGGAUGGGGUGGCGGCGGUGCUGCCGCCAGGGCAGCAGUGGAGGGCCACGGUAUUUUUCGCCUCGUUCUAUGUUGUCAUUGUGGUGUUUGUGCUCAACGUGGUGGUUGCUUUUAUACUCGAAGCCUUCGUGAAAGAGCUUAGGCAGCAGAAGCAGCAGCAGCUCCAGCAGCAGCAGUAGCAGGAGUUGGUUGUGGUGGUUGUUCUGGUGGCCAGUGCUACUGCAGAUUUCCUACUUGUGGUCAUAAUGGCAUCACUGAUACUGGCACAAUAUCUGCAUUCGGGUCAUCACUUUCCUUUUAGACUUACUUUGAUGAAGGUGG